AUGCGAUUGUUCACAUUAGGGAGUGCAAUGAGUCGCUGCCAGCACACUGAUUGGGACAGCUGUGAAAUGGCACGAAUUCAAGAACUUAAAGAAGCGCGACAACGAGCUGCACAAAUGGAAAAAACAAUGCGCUGGUGGACAGAAUGUACAGCAUCAUGGCGACAAAAAUGGAGUGCGGUACGAAACGAACGGAACCGAGCUCGUGAAGAAGGUCAAUCUUUACGGAUAGCACUCAUGGAAGCAAAGGAAGAAAACAAAAAAUUGCUCAAUGCGAAACGGACAGUCGAAGCUGAAAACUCACGCAUGAAAGCGCAAAUGCACUUACUUCAUAAAGAACGAAUAUCUAACCGAAUGCCUAUAGAAGUAACGACUUCGCAGCAACAAAUGCCAGUGAUAAUAAUGCUCGAUGAAGAUUGCCAAGCAAGACCUGAAUAUAUGCAUGCUUCAACAAUCACUGAUCAGCCUCAAAAUUAUGCACAUUUUAGAAACAUGAGAAAGUUAGAAAGCCGAUGCAACGAGCUCCGAAAUGAAUUAAUGAUGAUGGAGGCCAAGUGCGCUGAACUUGAGACUUCAAACAUUGCUUCUAAAGAAGAAGUUGAAGAGCUAAAACGAUAUCAAGAGCAAUUAACUCUUAAUGGCGUCAUAAGUUUACCAAAGGAUAUCAAAGAGAUUGAAACGUUGAGAUCUGAGCGUGACGAAGCGCUAAAUGAGGUGCAAACGUUAAAAAUGGAGAAAGAAUUCCUGAUGCAACAGUUAAAAAUGCUAAAGAUCACAGUAGAGGAAGCUGAACCUGAACCACCAGUAUCAAUUUCAUAA